AUCACGUUCCGACACUUGAUUUGCUGCGGCUGCAUUUCGCGGAAGUCAAAGUGAAACCGAAUGCGAUCCAAAGACUAGAUCGACGCCAUUUCAGAUGAGUCGAGAUCAACGAUGUCUUCACAUGUUACGGCCUGAAGUCAAGUUUCUUAUCUAGGAAGAAGAGAAACAGAAGAACAGCAUGUAAAAUGAGUGUGUAUGAGGAGAGAAUAUGAGGCUCACUGUUGACACUCAGAGAGCAGCAUCUCCAGGAUUCAGCUGUGUGUCAAUGAAGAGCAACAGAUCCGUGGGUCUGCCCCCUUAUCUGAGUGAUUUUGACCCUCUGAGAGCAGCAUCUCCAGGAUUCAGCUGUGUGUCAAUGAAGAGCAACAGAUCCAUGGGUCUGCCCCCUAAUCUCAGUGAUUUUGACCGUCAGAGAGCAGCAUCUACAGCAUCUAUCUUUGACCCUGUUACCAUCAGCAGGAAGAGAAAGAGAGCAGCUUCUCCACUGCAGCCCCCUGAUCUCAGUGAUGAAGCAGAGCCUUUUGAUUCUGUUGGUGGGAGAACUAACCAGAUCAGAUAUGCAUCCUGUCAGACCUUCACAUCUUCUUACUAUCAGAACCACAUCAAUCAUUAUGAUUCAGAAGCAUCCCUGCAGCGUGAUUCUCACCCACAGGAUGAUCUGCAAAGAGUCAAAGACCAGCACAAAAUUAUCAUGAUGAACAAGUACGAGAGCUUAUUUGAGGGAGUCAAACUACAAGAGAAUCAAACCCUCCUGAACAGGAUUUACACACAGCUGUACAUCAUAGAGGGAGAGAGUGAAGGAGUGAAUGAAGAACAUGAGGUGCUGCAGAUGGAGAAAAGUUACAAGACACUCCAAGACACUCCAAUCAACUGCAAUGACAUCUUUAAUCCUUUACCUGAACCAGGAUAUGAGGAGAACAGAAGAGAGAAGAAAGACAAAAUAAAGACGGUUCUUACUAAAGGCAUCGCUGGAAUUGGAAAAACCGUCUCUGUGCAGAAGUUCAUUCUGGACUGGGCAGAUCAAGACUGUUCUUACUAAAGGCAUCGCUGGAAUCGGAAAAACCGUCUCUGUGCAGAAGUUCAUUCUGGACUGGGCCGAGGGAAAAGCCAAUCAGGAUGUAGAUUUCAUGUUUGUGCUUACAUUUCGAGAGCUGAACUUGAUUAAAGAUCAUCAGUACAGUCUUCACAGACUUCUGUUUGACUUUCAUCCUGAACUUCAAGAUCUGGACUCAAAUAUGUAUGAUGAAUGUAAAGUUGUGUUCAUCUUUGAUGGUCUGGAUGAAAGCAGAAUUUCACUGAUGUUUUCAGACAGUCAGAAAGUUUCUGAUGUGACUGAGAUUUCAUCAGUGGGUCUGUUGAUGUCAAACCU